AUGUCCCGCGCGGAGCCGCCGGGGGAGGCUGGGGCGGGCGGGGAGGAGGUGGUGCGGAUCCGGCUGGGGGACAGGUGCUACCCGGUCUGCAAGAGGAAGCUGAUCGAGCAGAGCGCCCUCUUCCGCUCCGGCAUGCGGGAGGCAGGGCAGGGGCAGGAGGAGCAGCAGCUGCGCGGGGGGCUCAGCGCCCUGGGGCUGGAGUUGGUGCUGGACUUCAUCAACACCUCGUGCCUGGCCCGGCUGGAGCAGGAGGAGGGCGGGGAGCAGGAGCCCCCUCUGCUGGAGGAGCUGAUCGAGGCCGCCUCCUACCUGCAGGUCACCCCCCUGCUGCGCCUGCUCCUCUCCCAGGUGAGGCUGGGCAACUGCCUGGAGCUGCACCGCCUAGCCCAGGUCUAUGGCCUCCAGGACCUGCAGGAUGCCUGCCUGGACUUCAUGGCUGCCCAUUACCAUCAGGUGCUGCGGAGACCUGAGGCCCGUCCCCACCUCCUCCUGCCCAGCGCCCUCCGGCAGCAGCUGAUGGAGAGGCGGAUGAAGGGCACUGCCACCCUCCUGGCUAUUGGAGACUUCAUGGGUGCCUCCUCUCUGGGCCUGGCCCCGCGCCGCCACCUGCAGGAGGAAGCCCCUUGGUCCAUGCUGAGGUACGAUGAGGUGGCCCAGAGGUGGCUGCCCUUGGCCAACAACCUGCCCCUGGAUCUCAUGAAUGUCAGAGGCUACGGGUCGGCGAUGCUGGACAACUACCUGUUUGUCAUCGGGGGCUAUAGGAUCACCAGUCAAGAGAUAUCGGCUGCCCACUGUUAUAACCCCUGCAUAAAUGAAUGGAGUCAGAUGGCGUCAAUGAACCAAAAAAGGUCCAAUUUUAAGCUUUUGGCUGUAAACGGAAAGCUCUAUGCCAUUGGCGGUCAAUCCCUUUCCAAUGUGGAGUGUUACAGCCCAGAGCACGACUGGUGGAAUUUUGUGGCAUCUAUGCCAAACCCUCUUGCAGAAUUUUCAGCUUGUGAAUGCAAGGGCAAAAUUUAUGUUGUUGGGGGAUAUACUACAAGAGACAGGAAUAUGAACAUCUUGCAGUACUGUCCCAUCUCUGACUGCUGGACCAACUUUGAGUUGUGUGAUGUCCACAUUCGCAAACAGCAGAUGCUCUCUGUCGAGGAAACCAUCUACCUGGUAGGGGGUUGUAUUCAUGAACUGGGACCUAACCAAAAAUCUAGCCAAAGUGAGGACAUGUUAACAGUGCAGUCUUACAACACUGCUACCAGAGAAUGGCUCUACCUCAAGGAGAACACGUCCAAAUCAGGUCUCAACUUGACUUGUACUCUCCAUAAUGAUGGGAUCUAUAUAAUGAGCAGAGAUAUUACGCCAUCUACAAGCUUGGAACACCGGAUUUUUCUUAAGUAUAAUAUAUUUUCAGACAGUUGGGAGUCACUUAGACGCUUUCCGGCCUUUGGACAAAACUUGUUGGUCUGCUCUGUAUAUUUACCCAAUAUGAUAGAAGUGUAAUUACACCAUUUUUUUCCUUUCACUUCAUCUGUCAUUUUUGGAAGAAAUAAAUUAUUUUCAUUUCUGAAUGGGACAUGGUCACCUAGCCUAUGCAUAAAAUAUUGGUUUUGUUUAAAAAAAAAAAAGUUGCAAAACUCAAUAUUAAUAGAGAUGUUUCCAGGAUUUUUGAAAAUUUCAAUUAAACUUACUUUUUGUUGUUGUCUUCAGUUUAAAUGAUGCCAAGCCGUGUGUGCAAUCCAGAUACAACAACACUGUGUUGGUAUCUCCCUACAGUUUCUUAUGAAACACCCAUGUAGGCACUGGGCACAUUUGCACAAAGAUUUAAAAGAGCUCCCCUGGGUAUUGGAUGUUCUUUUAAUGUAAGUUGGUGACAGGCAAUGAACUACUCCCUACAUUUAAAAAAAAAAGCACAGGUCAGGGGGCACUAAACUCAAAAUGGGGAACGUCUGCUCAGCUGGAGAAAUGAUUUUUAAAUUUAUUUUUUAUUUGUUCAGUAAGCUUCUCCAAAUACUCAGCCAUUAAGAUCCAAUUGUAGAAACAAGGGAACAAAUUGUGGGGGCAGGUUACGUGGCAGUAGAAUGCAUAUGAGCCCCAGAAGGCUAAGCAGGCUAGCUCCAUCUUGGGGUUGGUCAGCCCCAUGUACAAAAAGAGUGCGGGGCAGCUCAGAGGUGAGGAGAGGUGAGCUCAUGUAACUGAACUGUCACCUGAGCAGCUCUAUGUGAAUCCUUGUCCUUUACCUUCCCACCAGAUGGUGUUAUAUGGGUUACUCUAGCCUGUGGUCUAUGGAAAUCCCUUUUCUGCCCCAUAGGGAAGGGGCAGGCAGAGAUGAGACCUGGACCUCCGACUUUUCAUAGGUGGUAAUUUGGGGGAUUUGGGAAGAGUCACUUUUGGGGAAGAGGGUUCCUGUCCUCUCCUCACAGCCCCUCUCAAAUUGCCUGGGGGGAUCUUUAGUCCAGUUGGAUCCUCUUCUCUCGCUAGUUGACAGUUCUGAAGAGCCUGUUCACUCUAUCUGCUUGGGUGGCAUUCACAACUCCUCCCCUGGCAAAGGGGAGAGAUAGGACAGUCAUGAAAGUCUUACAUCUGCAGAGCCCAUGCCACAGCUUUCUCACAUAGCACAGAUGCUGCUGCUUCCAGGACUGGGCCACUUAUCCUUGUGUGCUCAAUGACAGGGGAAGAUGGAGAAUUCAAGCUUAUCCCUUGCAGUGGUUCAGUCAACAUAGAAGCCUCUUUUUUGGCUGGAGAGAAUAUGUGCCUGCAGGUUUUGUGCCCACAAAAUGAACUGCCGGUGCAAGUUUGACUACAGCAAUCAGGAGGCCUCAGCACUCAGGUUCGUGCCUACUGUCUAACUGAGCGCACAAACAUGUGAGUGGCCAUGGUUUUGAAAAUGUGACACACAAGGAGCAGCUGCCUCUGUUAUACCAGCACAAGCAGGCUAAGCAAUCCCAUCUACUCCAGUGUAGAAAUAAGGUGACUGGAAUGGAAUAGUUGAAUAAAAUCCCUGUUUUAUAUUUUCAAAACACGUCGUUUCAGUGUCUUAGGAUAGACGUGAGUAGGAGGCCAUUACCCCACGACAGCUUUCCCUUACACACAUUAUUUGAUGAUUUGUUUUCCUUCAGUUCUCUGCAGUACUAGAUUUUUUUUUCCUAGCAUCUCCCAAGGGCACCCCAGAUCACAAUCAGAACAAUAUACAUUGGAGAUCUCUUCACAGCGGAGUCAGUCAGUCUGCAUUCUGUGGCUUAAUGACUUAUGUGCUGAAUUGUUUGUGAAGAGCUAUCGCUUCCAGAUUCACCCCCUGCCUAGAGUAAUAUCUCCGAAUGACAACUUUCAAAUCUGGUGUCCAUUAAUCCAAUGACUUCCAACCCAAGCUGGGGUUUUAAGAGCUUUGUUUUGUUUCUUGGGAGUGAUUGUUCCUUUCACGGUGGCCUCCUACUAUAUUAGGUUAAUGUACAGUCAACUUUAUCAUUCUCUUAUACGAAAUGAAGAAAAUCUUUCUCUGCAGGUCCUACUUUCUGCGCUCUGUGAUCAGAUGACUAUUUUUAAGGUCUGAUGAGCCAGCACCGGUGAGUUAGAUGGGAGUGGUAGCUGAGACAGUAGAUGACAUGCAUUUUGUGGAGUAUUCGGACAUUGGCAUCUCUACUUCAAAUACAUCCGAAUUGGCACAGGCUUUAAUAAAGUGGUGGGCAGCCUGGGGCCCAUCAAAGUAAUCUGAUUGCGGGGCGUGAGGCAUUUUGCUGACGUUGACCGUCCGCAGGCACCGCCCCCCGCAGCUCCCAGUUCUCGUCAAAUGAAACGUCUGGGCAGUGCUGUGAUAAUGCUGUGGGACCGUAUUGAACCAGGCUGAAAUAACCAUUGCACAAACCAUUUUUUCUUUCGGGGAG